GAGAUAACUCUAAAUAACAGCAAAGAAACAUGGCGUCGAAAAGUACUGAUAAAAUUUUAUUUUUUAGUCAAACUUCAAUUCCAGACAAAUUUGAAGAAAGCUGCUUAAAAUUAGAUGAUUUCAUUGAACAUCAAGUUGGUCUGAAUAGAAAAAUCAUACUAAUUACUUCAGGAGGAACAACUGUGCCGUUAGAAAGUAGAACCGUUAGAUUUAUUGACAACUUUAGCUCUGGUACAAGGGGUUCCACAUCCGCCGAAUAUUUUCUACAAAACAACUAUGCUGUUAUAUUUUUACAUCGACACAAAUCUCUGGAACCAUUUUAUAGACACUUAAACAGAGACCUUUUCGACAGUUUAGAAUUGACAUCUACAGGAGAUAUUAUAGUAAAACACGAGAAUAAAGACCAUUUAGCAAAGAUUAUAAAACAGUACAAGACAAUAGAAGAUGAGAAAUUGUUACUCAAGUUAGAGUUUACAUCACUUGGUGAUUAUCUACAUUUAUUGAAAGCUACCUGCGAGCGACUAAAUAAACUAGGAACAUCUGUCAUGCUUUAUUUAGCUGCUGCAGUGUCAGAUUUCUACAUUCCUAAAGCUGACAUGAGUGAACACAAAAUACAGUCUUCAAAUGGACCACUGGAACUUAAAUUACAGUUAGUCCCAAAGAUGUUAGAACCAUUAGUGAAAGACUGGUUACCCUCAGCUUAUAUUAUUUCAUUUAAACUAGAAACCGAUAGUAGAUUGCUGAUUUCAAAAUCAAAACAAGCUUUAGACAAAUACAAACAUCAGUUAGUGAUAGCCAAUGAACUGGAAAAACGAAAAAGGGAAGUUACUCUUGUGACAACAGAAACCGUAAACCCUAUAAUAUUAUCUGAAGAAGAUUUAAAAAAGGGAACUGAAAUUGAGAGUGUUAUCGUUGAAGAAGUCAUGAAACUUCAUGACAAUUAUAUAAAAUUAAAUUAGAAGCAUAAAAUUAUAAGCUGAAAAAAUAAAUUAUUUUAGAAAUA